UUCCGGCCAGCUCAUCCCAGCCCGCGAGAGGCCACAGCGGAGACCGGCCCCGGACUGACAGCCGCCCGGCGCCAUGGUUCUCCUGACGAUGAUCGCGCGGGUGGCAGACGGGCUGCCACUCGCGGCCUCCAUGCAGGAAGAUGAGCAGUCGGGCCGGGACCUGCAGCACUAUCAGAGCCAGGCCAAGCAGCUGUUCCGCAAACUGAACGAGCAGUCGCCCACCCGCUGCACUCUGGAGGCCGGAGCUGCCUCCUUCCACUACAUCAUAGAGAAAGGCGUGUGUUACCUGGUGCUGUGUGAGGCAACCUACUCCAAGAAGCUGGCCUUUGCCUACCUGGAGGACCUACAGGCUGAGUUUGACGAGCAGCACGGCAAGCGGGUGCCCACUGUGUCCCGGCCGUACUCUUUCAUCGAGUUCGACACUUACAUUCAGAAAACAAAGAAAUCCUACAUUGACAGCAGAGCUCGGCGAAACCUGGGCUCCAUCAAUACCGAGCUGCAGGAUGUACAGAGAAUUAUGGUGGCCAACAUUGAGGAAGUGCUGCAGAGAGGGGAAGCUCUGUCAGCACUGGACAGCAAGGCCAGUAACCUCUCCAGCCUGUCGAAGAAGUACCGACAAGACGCCAAGUACCUGAACAUGCGCUCGACCUACGCCAAGCUGGCCGCCGUGGCCGUCUUCUUCGUUAUGCUGAUCGUCUACGUCAGGUUCUGGUGGCUGUGAGCGGACAACGUCACCCUCACUGCAUGGCCUGCCCUGCCUGCAACGUCCCCUGCUGUCCGCAGCCUGUAAAUACCACUGCUCCCCACAGCUAGACUGGCUUUUCUUGUAGUAUAUGUGUGAGAGAGACAGAGACAGCUGUCUGUCUCAGCUGUAACAGUCCAUAUGUGCGACUGUCUCUCUGGGUAGAAAGGUCCCUCUGUCCUGCUGCGCUGCGAUGUGCAGUGUUGGCUUAUAGCCAGGAAUAGGACAUUUAACCCUUUUCUUUCACCAUCAUUUCAAGAAGCUUAAAAGAUUAAAUUUGGACAAAUUGUAACCAUAAACAAACGGCUGACAUCUUUUUGUGGGAACCAUUGUGCUCUCUCUCUCCAUCCUGUUAGCCGCUGAACAAGGCCCCUCGUGGUGAGGUGUCUGGCUGGUGCCUGACACACAGUCACACACAGGCCAGCGAGGCUGUCCCAGCUCUCAUUACCACUGCCCUCUCCCCAUCCCCCUUAUCAAAAGUCUAUCCUCAUCCACCCGUCCACGUCCCUCAUGACAUCCACAAUGGACUCUGCCUCCACCCCUGACCCGACUUUACUGUCCACAUCCGAACAGCUGUGCAGUGACUGUGUGUAUGUUCUCAAAGUAAAACACUGUGACUCCCA